ACAGUUCAGCCCGAGGUGAGCAUCUUCAUGUCGGGGGAUGGGCGCCGCGUGUGUUGUUUCACCACGGCCUUCUACCCGCGCUCCAUCGAGGUGAACCUGGUGCGGGACGGCCUGGUCCUGGAUGAGAGCCGCUCCCACGGGACGCUGCCCAACCACGACGGCACCUUCCAGCAGCGCCGCUGGGCCCACGUGGAGCCCGGGGACACGGCCCCGCUCUCCUGUCGUGUGGAGCACCCGGGGCUGUCCGAGCCCCUCGAGGUCUUCCUGGUCCGCAAGUCGGGCAUCAACGUGAUGAUCAUUGUCCUGGUGUUCGCUGUCCUGGUGCUGGUGGUGGCCGCGGUCGUGGGGGGAGUCCUCUACUGGAAGAAGAAACAAGCGGGGAAGAGCGGCUACAAUGCCACCAAGACCUCGGAGCGCGGGGAAAACUCAUCAAACUCCUCUGCUCCAGCCUGAGGGCCGCCGUGUGCCGUGCUGCCCAUAAUGUUCCUGCAAUGACGGGGUUCAGGGGGGGAACAGUCCCGAUCAACAUCUGGUGGGUAUCACAGCUGGAGCGUUGCAGCGCUGGUUGACCCGAGGCCCGGAGCCGCUCGGUUCCUGGCCUUGUGACGUCACAUCCACCCGUGGACUGUGGGGGGGGGGGGGGGGGGGGGUGAUCAGGGAAUGUGAUUCUUUGCUGGGGGGGCGUGUUCUGCUUCACUGUCGCCACAUAAAUGUUCAAUAAAAUCCAGUGUGUUCUCCAG